GGGUCAGACAUUGAUGCCUCGUUUUCUUCCUCCUUCUGUACGGAGCUGGAUGAACAGAUGCUGGUUGCCAUGGAGACACUGGACAGGCCUCAAAGGUCACAGAAAGCCAAUAAGAUCAGAGCUGGUCAGCUGACAUCAACACCAGGAUGUGUGACCCCGUUACCAAGACGACAGUCCCAGCUGAUGAAGUCCCUGUUCACCCUCCAGAGUCCCCUAAAUGACAGCUUCCUCUCCCCCUUCCCCUCCCAGAACAAAUCCUCCAUUACAAAGAAAGGGGAGGAAAACCUGACCCCCGCCACAGCAGAUAGCUCUGUUAGACUCAGUAGAGGGGGAAAGCCCAACAGAAAGAAACCAAGAAAUGUAUUAAAUGAAAUUGUCAAUGAAAAAGUAAAGGAAGGUGGAGGGGGUGUAGAGGGAGAGAGGAAUGUGAUUGACCUUGAUGUGAUAGGUCAAAGGUCAAGGACAGAAGAAAAUACUGGUAAUAUGAGUUCUGAAACACAGGAAAGGGUUGCUGAAAAUCAAGAGAUGACGGAAAAUGCUGAUUAUCAUACUGAUGGAGGUUUAACAGAAGACAAGCUGUUAUUAAGUAACUGGGGACUUCCUGACCCUGUAUUAAAACAGUACACAGAUAAAGGGAUCACCUCAAUGUUUUCCUGGCAAGCAGAAUGUCUGUGUUUACCCGGGGUUCUAGGGGGAGGUAACCUGGUAUACUCGGCCCCCACUAGUGCUGGUAAAACAAUGGUGGCAGAACUCCUGGUCCUGAAGCGAGUCCUAGAAACAAAGAAGAAAGCCAUCUUUAUCCUACCUUUUGUGUCUGUGGCCAGAGAGAAGAUGUUCUAUUUACAACAGCUGUUCCAGGAUGUGGGUGUGGUAGUGAGCGGGUUUAUGGGGAGUUACUCCCCUCCUGGGGGGCUCAGUCAGGUGGACGUAGCGGUGUGUACCAUAGAGAAGGAAACAUUCUCAACUUUCAUACAGUCUCAACAAGCUUUCAGUUGUCCAUACAGUCUCAACAAGCUUCUGUUGUCAAUGAUAAAGCUAGGUCUGUUGUCAUACAGUCUCAACAAGCUAGGUCUGUUGUCAUACAGUCUCAACGAGCUAGGUAUAAUAGUGGUGGACGAGUUACACCUUGUAGGAGACCAACACAGGGGCUACCUGCUAGAACUGAUGCUCACCAAGAUCCGAUUCCUCAGUCAGAAAAAGUCAACAAAAACAACCGACACUGAGGAUUCUGGCUCUACAGAAGGAGUCCAGAUUGUAGGUAUGAGUGCCACCCUACCUAACCUUGACCUUCUAUCUCACUGGCUGGACGCCACGCUCUACCGCACAGACUACCGCCCCGUACCUCUCACGGAGUGUGUCAAACUGGGGGCAGACAUCUUUGAUUCCAGUCUACAGAAAAUUAGGGAGGUGGAUCUUAGAGUGGUGUGUAAGGGGGAUACAGAUAACGUGUUUCUGCUUUGCUUAGAAACAUUGGGUGGGGGACACUCAGUGCUUAUUUUCUGUCCAACAAAGAACUGGUGUGAGAAGUUGGCAGAGACGAUUGCCAGGGAGUUUUACAACAUUCUGAAGAAAGGUCCUGAGACAGACUGUUCUUCCCCUCUACCCCUGAACAGAGCCUCCCUGAUGGAGGUCGUAGAACAACUGAGGAGGACUCCUGUGGGGUUAGACUCUACCCUGGGGAAGACUGUGCCGUACGGGGUGGCAUAUCAUCACGCAGACUCUUCCGGAUCUUCUAGCCGUGUCAUCAGGACCCCCAUCUUCCACGGCAAAACCAUAGACUUCCUGACUUACAAGCAGAUGAUUGGUCGAGCUGGGAGAAAGGGGGUGGAUACACAGGGAGAGAGUAUCCUGAUCUGUAAGCCCAGUGAGAGAAGUAAAGCCGUGACCUUAGUACAGUCUGAACUGCCACCUGUCAGGAGUUGCCUGAUCAAACACCAAGGGGAACAACUCAGUUCUAGCAUGAAAAGAGCCAUACUAGAGAUAGUUGUCAGUGGUGUGGCGGUGUCAGUGACAGAUGUGGCGGCCUAUGCCUCCUGUACUAUGUUAGUGGCGUCCCUGGAGACCAGCUCUGACCAGACACAGGACAUGAUUGAUGCCUGUAUACAGUUCCUUCAGGACAACGAGUUUGUGUCUCUUCAGAAAUCACAAACAGAAGAUGGUAUGACAACAGAGGACCGGUUUGUUCCCACACAGCUCGGUGCAGCUGUACUAGCUUCCAGUCUUUCUCCAGAUGAGGGUCUGGCUGUUUUUGCUGAACUACAGAAAGCUCGACAGUGUUUUGUUCUAGAGAAUGAGCUACAUAUUGUAUAUCUUGUGACCCCCAUCUACUCUCUAGACUUGGGGGCUAACAUGGACUGGUACAAGUUCUACUGCCUGUGGGACAAACUUUCCCCGGACAAGAAGAGAGUGGCUCAGCUGGUGGGGGUCAGUGAGGCAUUCCUCACCAGGGCCAUCCAGGGGAGGAUACCAACUAAAACAGAGAACCAGUUAAGGAGUCUGGCCAUACACAAGAGGUUCUACACGUGCCUGAUACUGAGUGACCUUGUACAGGAAGUCCCCCUGGGGGAGGUGUGUCACCGCUACAGCUGUAACAAAGGUCAGCUCCAGUCCCUACAGCAGACAGCCGCCACUUUUGCAGGAAUGGUGACGGUGUUUUGUGGCAGGCUGGGUUGGUAUAACUUGGAGUUGAUCCUUGGUCAGUUCCAGCAUCGUUUGACCUUUGGAGUCCAGAGAGAGCUGUGUGACCUUGUCAGACUGACCUUGCUGAAUGGACAGCGGGCCAGAGUCCUGUACAAUGGUGGCUUCCACACUGUGGCAGCUCUAGCUAACGCCAGUGUCACUGAUGUAGAACUAAUCUUCAAGAAAUCUUCACCCUUCCAAAGCUCUAAGAGACAGGACAAUGAGACAGACUGGGAGGCGACAAAGAGACAGGAGAGUCGCUGUAUCUGGUUAACGGGGCGUAAAGGUGCAACAGAGCGUGAAGCCGCAGAGGCCAUCAUAGAGGAGGCCAAGUCAGUCAUCCAACAGGAGCUGGGCGGACUGGGAAUCCAGUGGAAAAAUCCAGAAUCCAGGGACAUCCAGAAUAGGGGGUCAAAUCUGGAUCAGAGCAAAGUGGAAUGUCAAGAUGACAAGAAGACUCUGGGUUUAAACCAAAGUCAUGGUGGUAUGACCUUGGUAAAGCCCAAGGGAAGGAGGUCAGUGGGGAAAAGAAAAUCAGUGGGAAAGAAAAGUCCUGGACUCUCCAAGUCUGGGAUUUCUAAUGGAGAUGAUUCCAGAGUAAUAGAGAGGUCUGUUGUAGUCAGUCCACCUGGCAUCAGAAUACAAGGGAACACACAGAGACACAAAAACAAAAUAAUCACAUCUGAUAGUAGGGGAAGUAUGAAUGAUAAUUUGAAAGGGGGAAAAGAAGAUUGUACUAAUUCAAUGACAAAACUUACAACCACAGCAGAAGUUCACCAUGUUCCAGCAAAUCCAGUGGGAAAAAACUGUUCUGUUCCUCAAAUACAGCAUUCUGAGUCUUGUGACGGAACAAGUAAAGAGAUACUGCUGGAUAAAGUUGAGAAACAACAAAAAUCCAAACAAAUGGAAACAUCUUCUGCCAAGACAUCUGAAAUUUCUUCAGGUACAAUGGAGGACAUAUCAGGAAAUGUUCACCCACUAGCUUUCCCUAAGAGUACAAUUGCCUCUAAUUUAGAUACUUUUUCUUCAGUUGCUGUUUCUACUAACGCCAUCAAAAUCCCAGCAUUGUCAUCUGAUUUAAUCAAGACAUCAGACAAUGUAAAUCAUGGAAAAGACAACAGAGGAAAUUCUGAUGGGAAAGUUUCUUCAUUAGGCUUUCAUGAACCUGACUGUCUGAGGAAUCCUGAUGAUACAGCAAAGACAAAUAAAAAACAAACUCCAGCCAUCAAGGGAUCUGAUAUAAAAACUCCUCUUGUACAGAAAAAUCAAAUAAAUCAAUCGUCUAUGCAAACUUUGAAAAUUCAUUCUAGUUCUAGAGAAGUGGAUCAAAUGAGUUUGAACAAAAAUCCUAAAGAAAACAAAGAGAAAGUUACAGAGGAUAUGUUUUGUUCAGGGGAUUUUACAGAUAGUUUUGUUUUUGAAUCUCAGAUGGAUGUUGGUCAAGUAGAUUUCCCAGCAUUGGCUUCUGUGGCUUCAAAGGAACCAGUGCCCAGUACAAAUGAUAAAAAAUCUGGGUCAGAUUCAGCAAAAGCAGAUAUUGAUUCCAUUGAUGAAGUAGAAAGAACGUCUUCUGAAAAGAAAAGUUUAAAUAAAUGUUUGCAAGGAAAAGAUUUGUCCGACAUGAGAAUUUGUGCUCAACCAUCCAGCCAUUCUACAGAGGAACUGAACAAUAAGGUUAGUGACAUAAAAGACAAACUGGUAAACUCUGUGAUACCUGUGUCAAGUGAAACUGCAAAUGGUAGAAAAAGGGAGAAAAAUGGCAAUUGUGAAAAUAGAAUUGAAGAUAAUGCUAUUAGUGAAUUAAAUGAUAAGUGUGAUAAAGAUUUGAAUCUUAGCAGUAGUCUGCUGUUGUCACAUGACAUGUCAUGUGACCUGUUACCAGCCAGUAAUUUUGAGAGGUGUAUGAUGUCAGAUGACGAAUCAGAUGUCAGUAAAAAUGAGUCCUACAGGGACCUCAGAAUCCCUUAUCUUAGUGGACAGGAGGCCUGUUUCCAGGGCAGUGAUAAAAAAGAAAAAGGUCCCACUCAGACAGGCUAUAGCCAGCUGUCACAGGACUUGAUGCUGGCACUGGAACUCAGUGAUACAUUCAAUGAGGACAGUGAUGGGACACAAACUAAAAAUCAUCAGAACCAGGGAUUCUGUCAAAACGAAGUGAAACAAAUAAUUACUUAAAAUUGUGAAGUGAAAACACCUCAACAAGAAACAGGAGGAAAAGAGACAAGUGAUAAGGCAGACGAAAUGAGUGACUCGUUAACUUUUUCCAUGGUUAAUGAAGUGUUAGAAAUAAGUGAUAUGGGACAGUGCAAUAAAAAAUCAAAUGUAAAAUUGAGUGAUUCUAAAUAUACUAAGUUGAAAUCAAGAGGGGCAUCACAAGUUAAAGACAAGAAGCUGAGUCCGGGGACACUGGCAUUCCUUGAUGACCUUCACACCAGUAUAGACACCGACAGUGAUACAUUAGUGGGGAAAUCACCUUCUCCAAAAAAGGUCUCUUCUCAGAAAACUAAACUUAAAAACACAAACAAGAAUGUAAACAGCCAAGAAAAAACUGAUGGUAGAAAAUGUAAAAGAAAAAGCUUAGAGAAGGCUGAAGGAGGUAAAGUUAAAAAGCUAAAAGAAGAUAAAACUAGAACUAAUGAGUGUCUGUCCCCCACCCCUCCAAGACCAGGUCUUCUAAACUCCCCAAGGACAAUUGGAAAGACCACUCCCAAAAGUCUGAGGUCUAAAGGUCAAAAUGCAAGCACUGGGAGGGCCAAAAAAUGUAUUGACACUUCUGACGCUUCAAAGAAAAAUGAAAAUAUAGUGGUGGAAAAUUGUGAAGGUGAUGAAGUGCCUUAUGAAGAGAGGGGGCCAAUAGUGGACCCUAAUGAGACAGGCCUCCCUCCCUCUCAGGGGUCCUUCACUAUUAUAGAUGUGUGUGCUGAUGGUAGGUUGUUUGAGACGUUCCUUGCUGAGUGGAGGACACAGUCUGUGUUCUCUUUAUCUGUGGCCUGUAGGACCAAGCCUUCCUCCUCAGUCUCCUCUUCUGCUGGAGGACAAAUAGGAGCCAAGUUUUCUAAAGGAGGGACAACAGACAAAAGUAACAGAGACAAGGAGCCUGGAGUGGUCUCCCUUGGAUUACCUGUCACAGGAACUAACCUGUUAAUUACAGGUGUGUCAAUCAGCUGGGAAGACAGAGAUGCUUAUUUCAUUUCCUUGACCCCAGGGAAUGCAGAGGAUGAAGAUGACCUUGACCUGUCACCCCCUGACCUUGAUAAAUCUCUCUCAGUGUCAGCUCGUCUGGCAGCCAUGAAGCAGUCACUAGAAGAUCAAGACAACUACACAGUGAUAGCAAUGGAUGCCAAGUCCUGUUAUGGGGCCCUAGAGAGGGGCUGUGGUAUAAGUUGCCAGGGAAAGUUUCAGGACCCAAAGGUAGCCAGCUGGAUAAUGGACCCAGGGGCCAAUGAGAAGAAUCUUCAUCGCAUGGUCCAUGAUUACCUCCCUUUAGAAGCAUUUCUCCUGGAAGGUAUUGGUGGUGGGGUGGGCUAUGGGAGUCUAGGAAUGUCCCCUGAGAACCCUGGGUCGGGUCGACUGCGGGCCUGUACCGAGGCUGUCCUACUGACCCACUUAAUGCAGUACCUCUCUCUCUGUCUGAACAAAGAGAACCUGAUGUCAGCCUUCCACGACAUCGAGAUGCCAGCUGUUAUCACUCUGUCUCGUAUGGAAAUGAAUGGAUUUGGUUUUAAUGAUGAGGAGUGUGAGAGACAGAAGACAGUGAUGAUAGAACGACUUGGUGAACUUGAGACUGAGGCGUACCAGCUAGUGGGGCACCAGUUUUCUCUGACGUCAACUGAAGAUCUGUCUCAGGUGCUAUUUAUAGAACUACAGCUCCCUGUUAAUGGUGACCCUAGCAGUCUGGGACAGCCCACCAGACCCAACAGACGGGCCCCCACAGGUCGUAGAGGCCGCCAGAAGACCCAGUUUUCUACCAGUAAGGAUGUCCUGGAGAAACUGCGCCCCUACCACCCGCUCCCUGGGAUCCUCCUGGAGUGGCGCCGGAUCAGUGGGGCCCUGACCAAGGUGGUGUUUGCCCUGCAGAAGGAGAAGGUGUACAUGGAGAGGUUGAAGAUGUACAGGAUAUUUACAGAUGUCCAGUACUUCUCAGCCACAGGACGGGUCAGUCUGUCUGAACCUAACCUACAGAACGUCCCAAAAGAUUUCCAGAUCUCUGCCUCAGUUCCAAAAACCACUGACCAACAGAUGGAGUGUGCUAGUCCUCUAGGCAGGACCCGUAACUCUGUAAGGAACCAAACCAGAGUUCUUCAGAUGACAACUGAUCUUUCAUUCAACGUCAGCAUGAGACAUGCCUUCAUUCCUUUUCCAGGGGGAGUUUUGCUGGCGGCUGACUACUCUCAGUUGGAGUUACGCAUGAUUGCACAUCUUUCCCAAGAUGCCAAGCUGAUACAGAUCCUGAACGGUGAUGGGGACGUUUUCAAACUGAUCACGGCUCAGUGGAAGUCAAUCAGCGUGGAGGAGGUCACUCCAGAGGAGAGACAGCAGGCUAAACAGAUUUGCUAUGGUAUGAUCUAUGGUAUUGGAGCCAAGGCACUGGGUGAGACAUUGGGAGUGGAUGAAAAUGAUGCAGCAGUUUUUAUGCAGACCUUCAAGUCCAAAUACCCUGGAAUGAGGCGAUACCUUAAGAACACAGUGGAUAAAUGUAUCAAGGACAAGUUUGUGGAAACUAUCAGCGGGCGACGACGGUAUCUACCAUCCAUCUCAAACACAAACCCCUAUGUCAGGGCUCAUGCAGAGAGACAGGCUGUUAACACCACAGUUCAGGGGUCAGCUGCUGACCUUGUCAAGGUCGCCAUGAACAGGAUUGAUCAGAGACUCUCAGAAAUAUUUCCUCUCUCUCAGAAAUCACUCUCACACAAAGAACAAGGCAAUACUCAUCAUAUUUUGUUGGAUUUAGGUCCCACUGUUGAUUUAUCCAGUGACAGAUGUUGUUUAGUUCUACAACUUCACGAUGAACUGAUUUAUGAUGUGACAGAGACCUGUCUGAGACAAGCAGCCAAGGUCAUCAAACAGGAAAUGGAGUCAGCCAUGACCUUGUCUGUUAAAAUGCCAGUCAAGGUCAAAAGUGGGUUGUCAUGGGCAACAAUGCAAGAUCUAUAGGUGUGAAGUGGGUCGUCAUGGGCGACAAAGCAAGAUCUAGAGGUGUGAAUAAUGAACUCUGUAUGAAAAAAUGUCACUUGGAGUCCAUGUCACAUCAUUGUACAGACACUGUGGACUUAAAUAAAGCUGUGAAGAAAAAUUCCAGAUAUUUAUCUUUGAUAUCAUUAAUUUUGAGAACAAAACGGGUCUAUAUUCUGUGAUAUAUCUGUUCCACUUAUUAAGGAAAAGUUGUUAUUUCUGUUAAGUUGUUAUGAUUUGAACAAGCACCCUGAAUCAAAUGAGAUUUUUAUUUCUGAAUCAAUGUCUUUAAAUUUAUAUUAUACUUACCAAAUGAAUAUAUAUUAUACAGUCUCAUUUGACCAUAUGUAAUUUAUAUAACAUCGAGGAAUCUGAUAUGCAUAGAACUGAAUGAAAUAUUGUAAGAACAUAAUUCUGAUCAAGAAUUUUGUGUGAAUUACAUAUUCAUUUACAUAUAUAGAUGUAGCUAAAUUCAAAAUAUGAAGGGUAACAACUAUGUAUGUCACCCGGUGAUUUUUAACCUGUCUGUUUUGUCCUGGUUACUUGUACAUUUUCUGUCAUAAACUUUGGAAUAUUUCCAGCUUGUUCUAUAGAAAAACUGAAUCAGCUUUGAUCAUUUUGGGUAGAAAGCAGCAAUAAAUG